GGUCUUGAACACAGCCUCGCUGCACCAUUGGUCGGGAGAAUACGGAAGUCUUCUCAUGUACCGAUGCGUUCGGGUAAAAUAGUGAAUGUAUAUUCUAGAUUUAUAGGGGUCAAAUAUCAUAAACCACAUAGGCCCUACUUGCUGUCAUCUAUUGUUCGUCGCUUACGAGUAGUGUCUUUACAAGCAGUCGAAAUGGCCACUGUCUGGUCAGAGAAAAUGCUACAAUUGCUCCGUAAAAUGAAUAACUUCCAUUCACCAGGGUCCUGCCGCGCCAGAUGUCUGCGCUUCAUGGUGGCGGACCAACAGGUCGGUUGGAUCCUCCCUCAAAUGGCCGCCAUUUUGAGGAACUUCCCAGACGUCUUCGAUCCGCCCAACGACGGCGCCCUUUCCCUCAGCUCGAGGCUGGACACUCACUCCAAGAGGUCAGAGGAAGUCGACCGCGUCCUGCAGAGCCUGAGACGCAGCGACGCGCUGACAUGUUUGAAGGGAUGGAGGGAUGAGAGGUAUGACGUCAUGGCCAGAUACUGCGACGCCCCACUGAUGUCUAUGGAGCGAUCAGCAACCAGCCUGUUUGGGGUGAGGAGGUACGGCGUCCACAUCAACGGGUUCUGCCGGAGCGCCGACGGGGGGCUCAGGAUGUGGCUGGCCCGCCGCUCCGCCACCAAGCAGACGUACGCCGGCCGCCUGGACAACCUGGCGGCCGGCGGCCUGGCUGCAGGGAUGGGCAUCGGAGACACUGCGCUAAAGGAGUGUGAAGAGGAGGCCUGCAUCCCAGCAGCCAUCGCUGUGAAGGCUAGAUCGGUCACCACGGUGAGCUACACCUACGAGGAAGAGGAAGGAAUUUUUCCAGAGAGCCAGUUUGUCUUCGACCUCGAACUUCCUGCUGAUUUCCAGCCCAGAGUUGGUGACGGAGAAGUGCAGGAGUUCUACUUUCUGCCGCUGGAUAAGGUGAAAGAGAUGCUGGUCGGUGGAGACUUCAAACCAAACUGUGCCAUGGUGGUGCUGGACUUUCUCAUAAGACACUCCUGUAUAGAGCCAGAUACAGAGCCUUACUAUCAGGAGUUUGUGACGGGGCUUCAUCAAACCUUAUAGGAUUAAGAUCUGGAACACCAUAUACUCUUGAUGCUGUCAAAUAUAUUUCACCCUGUCCUGAAUACAAAACAUUUAUUUUAACCCAUUACUCCUUAGUAAAUACUGUGAAAUAAA